AUGGAUUCCUCAAAUCUCUUCGAUGUCAAGGGCAAAAUUGUCCUCAUUACUGGUGGUGCGAAAGGUGUUGGCCGUAUGAUAUCUGAGGGGUUCGUCACCAACGGUGCUACUGUUUAUAUCACCGGUCGUGAUGCUCCUGCGUGCGACAAAGCGGUCAAGGAGCUGAAUGCUUUAGCAAAGGGAAAAGCUGUUAGCUUACCGGCGAAUCUAUACAAUGAGGAGGAGUGCAAAAAGCUGUUUGACGAGUUUUCUAAGAGAGAAAACAAAUUGCACUGCUUGGUUAACAAUGCGGGUUCCAAUUGGGGCGCGCCCUACGACAAAUACCCGUCCUCUGCGUGGACAAGGGUGUUAACCCUGAAUUUGCAGCGUGUUUUCGAAGUCACGCAAUUAUUCACUCCACUCCUCGAAAAAGCCGCGAGUGACGGCGACCCUGGAAGAAUCAUAAACAUUGGCAGCAUAGAUGGACUAAGGGUCCCUGCUCUUGAAACAUUCGCAUAUAGCGCUAGCAAGGCCGGCCUACACCAUCUCAGCCGUGUCCUAGCAAACCACCUUGGAAGACGGAAUAUAACGUCUAACACGCUGGCCUGCGGGCCGUUCGAAAGUAAGAUGAUGGCUGCGACACUAAAGAAGUACAAGAAUGUGAUCGAAUCUGGCGUUCCAUUGGGUCGCAUUGGAACUCCAGAGGAUGUUGCCGGAGCAUGUCUUUUCCUCAGCAGUAGAGCUGGAUCAUAUGUUAAUGGCGCCACGAUUACGCUUGAUGGAGGCAGUAUCAUCAAUGCAAAGAUGUAG